AAGUCAAAGGCCGCUCGAGAACCGCUCGUACUGGUUGGCGGAGAGGAUUAAACCCAAACAAAAUAUGAUCGUUUGAUGGCUUAUGUUUAACUAAGAAAGCCCAUUGUCGUGCAAAUGGAGUGUUCAAGGUUCGUAGUCUGUGGCGAAGCUGAAAUAAGUGCGCUAUAAACGAGCUUUCGUGGAUAUUUCCUUUUUUUUUUUUUUUACUGUGGACGUCUGUUUGUUGGUCUACACGGUUUGAGCAAGCUAGCCCUGAUACCAGAGAGCUGCUCGGAGCUGCGAUGGUCGACGAGAGUUUAUGCCCCCGGACCAGUCGAUACUGAACCGACGGCAACAAAUGGGACCUUCCAGCAUCGGCGGAAAACAUCUCGGCAUAGACUAAACAUUAAAAGGUUCAGAUAUCUAUCUCAAUCUGUGGACAUUCAGACUGAGGAUUCUGUGGAGUCUGCAGCGGCAGGUGUUUUUCUAGUUGGAUUUUAGCCCACUGCCAUUCUCCCACAGCCAUGGAAUCGACGGUUGAUGACGAUGCAAUGGCAGCGUGAAUGAAGCUUGGCGUGGGGAGAGCUGAACGAUGCCCAAAGGUGGGGGUUCUAAAACCCCCCAGCUGGACCACUUCCCACUCAACACCGACAUGGUGGAAAAGCAGGGUGGGAAGAAGGAUAAAGUGUUGUCAAACAAGACUCCCAAAUUGGAUCGCAGUGAUGGGGUCAAAGAGAUGAAAGAAAAGGCCUCUAAAAGGAAGCUGCCCUUCACUGCUGGAGCUAAUGGAGACCAGAAAGAUUCUGAUUCAGAAAAACCAGGUCCAGAGCGGAAGCGCAUUAAAAAGGAGCCCACCAACACCCGGAAGGCGGGCUUGCCGUUUGGAAUGGGGAUGCCAGGGAUCCGGGCUGGGUACCCCCUCUCUGAGCGGCAGCAGGUGGCCUUGCUCAUGCAAAUGACAGCUGAGGAGUCCGUCAACAGUCCAGACACAACACCAAAGCAUCAGUCACAGUCCAGUCUGGGUCAGAAGGGAACGCCAAACUCUGCAUCUAAAACCAAAGACAAAGUGAAUAAACGGAACGAGAGGGGAGAGACUCGGCUGCACAGAGCAGCGAUCCGCGGGGAGACACGCCGCAUCAAGGAGCUCAUCAGCGAGGGAGCUGAUGUGAAUGUAAAAGACUUUGCAGGCUGGACUGCAUUGCAUGAGGCGUGCAACAGGGGGUACUAUGAUGUGGCCAAGCAGCUGCUGGCAGCCGGAGCGGAGGUCAACACCAAGGGUCUAGAUGAUGACACCCCUCUACAUGACGCUUCCAACAACGGACACUUCAAGGUGGUGAAGCUACUUUUACGGUAUGGAGGGGACCCACGGCAAAGCAACAGGAGAGGUGAAACGCCAUUAAAAGUUGCCAACUCUCCGACUAUGUUGAAUCUUUUGCUGGGGAAAGGCACGUACACCUCAAGUGAAGAGAGUUCAUCGGAAUCCUCAGAAGAGGAGGACGCCCCCUCGUUCGCCCCGUCCAGCUCUGUCGAUGGCAAUAACACGGACUCAGAGUUUGAGAAGGGCCUGAAGUCGAAAGGGAAAAACGCAGACCCUCCCAAGUCCGCUGUCACUCCUGUCAAAGACGAAUACGAAUUUGACGAGGACGACGAGGAGGAGCGUGUCCCUCCCGUGGACGACAAACACCUGUUGAAAAAAGACUUCCGCAAGGAACCCGUCGCCAAGCCCAACAGCUUCAUCGCCAUACCCAAGAUGGAGGUCAAAACCUAUUCCAAAAGCAACUCGCUCACACCAAAGAAAACUGUCAGGCGGAUCGUCUCUGACAGUAACAGUUCAGACGAGGACGAUAGGACGCUGUGUUUCACGCCAGCGCCUACGCCGCGGCAACAAGCCCAGCAAACAAACAACAAGACAAGAGACUCUGGCAGCAUGAGCUCAAAGCAGCAGAAAGACAAAAGUAAAGUCAAAAAGAAACGAAAGAAGGAGAGUAAAAAUAACGUCAGUAAAGAAGUUCGGUUUGGCAAAGUCAACGACAAAUUCUGUACGUCUGACUCUGACUGCGGAGACAUGGAGAGCGAGGAUGAUAAGGGCUCAAACAGUAUAAAGGACUCUUCUGCUGCAAGCCUAAAGGAUUCCCCUGGCUUUAACGCGUCCUCUUCGUCACAUGGCAACUUGAACUCUCAAAAACAAGUACCGUCGUUAGCAGAACAGCAUCCAAAGCAGUGGAGGACAGAUGGCUGGAAGACUGUGUCGUCGCCUACGUGGUCCGAUGUCAGCUCUCUCUCAGAUUCAGUCCGAACGAGACUAUCCAGUGAGUCUGACUACUCCUCUGCAGAUUCCAGCGUGGAGUCAAUAAAACAGGUUAAGAGGAAAGCGCAGGAGAACAAGAAGAAGAAUAACAAUGUGCACAGUAACACUGUAGACAAGAAAAACUCUGAUCUCUACAAAAACUCCAACGCAGACAGUUCAAUCUCCAAAACCGACGGAGACGGCAAAGUGCUGAAGAAGCAUAAAGUGAAGCACAAGCACAAAAAUAAAGAAAAGGACAAAGCUCCAAGCCUCGUGCUUAAUCAAGACAUGAAUGAGAAGUUUGUCAAAAGCUAUUCUUUUGAUUUUGAUGAUUCAAGACAAAAGUCUCUAAUUGUCGAGUCCGAAUCUGCAGCGGAAGGCAAGGUCAAGUUAUCCAAACAUGAAAAAGAUCAUUCGAAAAAGGAAGACAGGCUUUCCAAAAUCAAGUCUGAGGAUAAAGAUUGGUCAUCUGGAAAAGAUCUGCACAGAACAGCAAAAGAGGAGAAAAACAAGAAAGCAAAGGACUCCACCAAGGACAAGACGAAUAAGGAGGAGCGGGAGAAGCCUGUGAAACCUGACAAGGAGAGAAACGCAAAGGACAAGGAGAAACCCAAGGAGGAUAAACAAAAGGCUCACAAAGAGGAGAAAAAGAAAAAGUCCAAGGAGAAGUCAUCCUCAAAGGCGGAGCGGAAAAGUGAACAGAAAGAGGAGAAGCAUCUAAAGGUGGAUAAGGAGAAAAACACCAAGGAGGAGAAGGAGAAAUGCAAAAAGGAGAAAGCGCCGAAGGAAGAGUCUGAGUAUGAAGGCUAUGACGUCAACAACCGAUUCCUGAACCUGGAGGACACGAAGAUGAGCGCCUCGGAUGACCAUCACGACAGAUGGGGCUCCGAGAUGUCCUCCGACUCGUCCCUCUACGGAGACGAGAGCUGGGAAGCUCCCGUCAAAGAGUACAAGGAGUACAAAGCCAACAACGCUGUUAAGCUAAUUGUUGAGACUGUAAAGGAGGAGACGAGGAGGAAAGAAAACAAAGUCAAGGACAAGAAAUCAGAUCACAACGAGAAGAGAUCCGAUAAAGAGCCCACGUCUAAGAAGAAGGACAAAGACACUUCUGAGAAGACCAACGAAAAGAAGAAAGACUGGUCGGAAAAACAGAAACUGAACUCGGGUCACUCGGUUGAAAAAGAGAAGAAGAGGAAGGAGUCAACAGAGGUGGUGAAAGACAAGAAAGACAAAGACUCUCUGGACGUGAGCCGAGACCGAAAAGACUCGUACGACUUCACGAAGGAGAGGAAGGACAUUAAAAUCAAACAGGAGUCUAUACGAGACGAGUACGGGAAUGAUACCUUCUUCAAAGACACAGACGCUGUCAGUAAAUCGUGUGACAUCAGAGAAAGAAACCAUUCUGGAAAGGAGAAAGAAAAGAAGGUGGAGGGGUUGGAAAAGAGAGAAAAGACGAAAACUGACAAGCACAAAGAGAAAACAAAAGACAGAGGAGCUGAUCCGGAGAAGGAUAAGAGCGAGAAAAUCUCCACGGAAAAACCUGUCAAGGAGAAAGACGUGGACCGGGGCACCAAAGACAAGAAGGAGGGAGCGAAAGACAAACACAAAGAGUCUCACGGCAAAGACAAAGAUCGGAAGAUGUCCUCUGAACAGACAAAGGACAAGAAAGAAAAGGCCUCUCAAGACAAACACACUGACAGGGAGAAGGAUUUCGUAGAGGUCAAGAAGGAGGAGAGGAAACCCGAGAAAAUCAGAGAGAAAACGUGGUACAAGAUAGCCGACAUUUUCACGGAUGAAAGUGACGACGAUGAGGACAGCUACAACGGCGGAGUGGCGCUGUCCGACUCCGUCAGGAAAGACUUGACGCCCGAUCAGGAUGAGUCAGAUCACUUCCCUUUAGAGAAAAUGAGAAAGCCUUCUGCAGAAGCUAAACACAACGUAGAGAAGGCAAAAGACAAAGAUCACAAAGACAAGAAGAAGGAGAAGGCCGCGUUUGACACGGGGAAAGAGAGGAAAGGCUCCUUAGAGAAACACAACAAGGACAAGAAAGAGUCGGUGGAUGCUAAACACAAGGAGAGGAAGGACAGGAUGUCAGUGGACUCCAAUCAGGAUAAGAAAAACAGGCAGAAGCUUUUGGACAAAAGGGACACGAGUGAGGAGAAGACAAAAAGCAAAUAUAAAGACAAGCUGGAGCACACUAAAGAGAGGAAGCCUUCGAAAGGAAGCGGAGAGAAUGAGAAGUCCCUGUUAGAAAAACUAGAAGAGGAAGCAAUGAACGACUACAAGGAUGACUCAAACGACAAGAACAGUGAAAUCUCCUCCGACAGCUUCACCGACCGAGGUCACGAGCCCGUCCUCACCUCUUACUACGACUCCAUCAGCCUGACAGACGUGUCCGAGGACAGGAGGGACUCCCUGUCCAUAUCCACACCGCAGGACAAGUUCAGAGAGAAAGAGAGGCAUCGACACUCCUCCUCCUCCUCGUCCAAGAAAAGCCACGACAAGGAGAAAGAGAAGGUGAAGAAGGACAAAGGAGACAAACGGGACAAGACUGAGGAGAUCCGAGAGUCAUACAGCCGCAGAGAAAGCUUACCCUUCGAGAAGGAGCCCAUGCCUUUAGAAGCAGAUCCUUACACGUUCCCGUUCGGAGGUAAAGGAGACGGAGAAGACGACUUUGAUAAAACGUUGGAGUUUGAGAAAGAGAUGUCCAAAAAGGACAAAGACAAAACGACUGCUGUCAUCAGUGACCGGACUAAAGACAAAAAGAAAAAGGAGAAACACAAGGAGAAAACGAAGGAGGAGAAAAAUAAAUACAUCGAUGGGUCGUUUAAACACUCCAAAGAGGACGUGAAGUCAGGGCUGAAAGAUAGUCCGCAGAUCACAGGUCUCAAGGAUCGGUCGAAAGAAGACAGUCCCAAAUUUGAAAUGAAAAAGGAGAGAAACCGGGACAUGCUGGACAAAGACAACAGAGUGGACCACAGUAAAUCUAAGACGAAGGAUGAAAACGAGAAGCUCUCUCAGUCCAAAGACGUCGUCCGCAAAGACAACCGUCCACGAGAGAAACUGCUGGUGGACGGGGAUUAUCAGAUGACGAGUUUUGGUCAGAUGUUGAGUCUCAAAGAUCAGGAGAUUGAAGAGCGCCACAAGAGACACAAAGAGAGGAUGAAGCAGAUGGAGAAACUGAGACCGAAGUCAGGGGACCCGAAACUAAAGGACAAAACCAAGUCCACUGAGGAACUGCGGAAAAACCGCAAUGAGCUGUCCUCAAAGAAAGCCAACAGUCUGGAGUCUGGUCUCAAAGAGAAGAAGCUGAAGGAUGUGGGUCUCCCGGCUCAGAUGAUGUCUCCGAGCAGGAAGUUCCAGCCCACCGACAGUCAGAACUCAAAGGAUUGGCUACCCGGCCAUCAAAUGAAAGAGAACCUCCCAGCGUCUCCCAGGCCGGACCAGAACAGGCCGACCGGUGUCCCCACGCCGACGUCUGUCAUCUCCUGCCCCAGCUUUGAGGAAGUCAUGCAGACUCCCCGCACGCCAUCCUGCAGUGCGGAGGACUACCCUGACAUCAUACUGGACGGACUGGACUGUCAGAACACUUCAGCCAUGACUAUGUCCAUGAACGCGUGCUCCCCAUCCUUCUUUGAAAGCAGGUAUUCCAACUCCCAGAGUUUCCAGGAGGGAACCUGCCCGACUCCUGCGAAGAACCUCCAGCUGCCUCUGGUCAGAUGUUCUGCAUCCUCUGACGUCCGCAGGCCUUUGGAGGAUGAGUUCAAGGCUGAGGCUGAUAAGUUCCUUCGACAGCAGAGUGAACUGGCAGCUGAAUAUGAUCCGACAUCUUCCUCACAAAUUCUAGAGGACAAAUCAGCGACAGUGGACAGACUGGAGUGUCUGUCGUCUCCGUACUUCUCUCCCAUAAGAAUGUUGUCGCCGCGGCUGGAGCCAGCCCAUCACACUCCUGAUGUGGCAGCACCAAUUCUGUCUGGUUCAGAAGGUAAUGAUCACCUUCCAGAAAGUGUGUACAACAAUUACCUGCCCAAACCGUCCACACCGGUGCACAGACCGGACCCCCAGGAGCCCUGCUUCGACAUUGCUGCACCGCCCACCCCGGCUCCUGCUGCUCUGCCGCCUCUGGACAUCGAUGACAUCUCCGAGCCUCACCACAGUGAGCCAAACCUGGUCCUCUCAGAUCUCCCCUCCGUCACAGAGGAACAGGAGCAGAUUGAAGAAGAAGAAGAGGAGGAGGAAGAAGAAGAGGAGGAAGAGGAGGAAGAAGAAGAGGAGGAGGAGGAGGAGGAAGAGGAGGAAGAAGAAGAAGAAGCUGACAUGGGGGAUGUGGGUGUUUUGGAUGAGAGAGCUGAUGCUGAUCACAGUGCCGUGGAGGAGCCGGAGCAAACAACAGAACAGUGUUCCUUCUCCCCUCCAGUUGAGGACCCGCUGAGGAAGAGCUGGCCUGUAGAGUCCCCAGAGCAGCAGGAACCAGAAGUCCACCAGCUCUCCCCCUCACACUCUGCUCCAAACCACGGAGAGAACUGCUAUGAUCACAGCCUGGGCUGGAACGCUGAGAUGGAUCUCAAAUCUCCUCAUAGGACGUACGGAGAAAUAGAGGCCGCCGUCUCCAAAAUCACCAGCCCGUACUCUCACACGGACAGCGACAUUCAGCACCUGUCAGGCCACCCCAACGUCACUCCUCCGUAUGCUGCCUGGAACAGCUGGCACAAGGAGGACCCAGAGGAGUACGACGAGCAGAAGGAUGCUGUAGAAGACAUCCCCUCUCCAGAGAGACCUGACGCAGCGAUCGAUGAGGAGGAACCCAGCUAUCUAAACACCUCAUCAUCCUCCAACAGGCUGGAGUCUUUCUUUCAAGACUGCAACAAACCCAGCACCGAGGAGAGUCCUCAAAUGAACAGCGAGCCGGCGUGUGAGGAACCAGACGGCAGACAAACCAUGCACAGCUUCAGUGCUCCCACCGAGAGCCACAUGACUCCAGCUGUGGGUCCCGAGCCUGUGGUUCCCUGGGCAGACCCGUUUUCUGCUGAUGCCGAUGAAUUGGAUGACCUGGGACCGUUCUCCUUACCCGACCUCCCGCUGCCAGACAAGUCUGAAGAAGCUGAAACCAGAGACCCAGAAUUAGCUGACCACACCAAGGCUGUGACGCCCCACAUAAGACAUACGAUUACAGAAGGACAUGACUCGGACAUCAUGGAAGUGGACUUACCGAGCCUGGCUAAGACCACUUGCCCCGCUGAAGAUCAAGGUUUAGUGGAACCUACCGGACAAGACUUAAUGGUUCCAUCACCACACGGCAACUGCCAGCAGGAGUUAGUCUCUCCUCCUCAGAACACCCCGGUGAACAGCUCCUUGUGUCUCACUCAGCAGCAGGAUAGCAUAUUGGAGAGAAAAGGACCCUAUGGAGGACCUGAUGAGCUGGACAUACUGUACUCGCCUGUGAAACCAGACGCCAGCCAGCAACAUCACAUCCAAAUCCAGUCCCUCCCCGAGUCCCCGCCUUUUGCCCUGGAUACAGUGUCCGCUGUGAAGCCCGAGGUGAGACAAGAGGAGAUGCCGGAGCCUGUAGCCGAGUCCGUGUCGUGCAGCCCCCUUCCUCAGCUCCCUAUUCCCGUCCCCCUGUCCAGCCCGGUGGAACUACCAGACACUCAAGAGACCACAUCCAAACUAACACCGGCAACCCUGACAGCCGUUUCCCCCACCUUAGAUGUCCCCAAGAAGGUGGAUGAAAUCCCUCAAAGGAUGACCCGAAAUCGCGCCAAGAACAAUCCCUCUGUUGCUGCUGUCCCUCCUACCUCCUGCAUCGUAACCUCAUCUGCUGCCAUCGCCCCGAUCACCACCAGUCCGGCAGUGAGCAUUAAUCCAGUUCCUACGAGAACCCCGACACCCACGUCAGCCUCCUCCCUCUCAGCUCCAAAGAAAGAGAAAGACUCUGUGCUUACUGUCGCCACCACUAACUCGACCCCGGCCGUGUCUGUCCCCACUUCUGUGACAACAUCUGCGUCAGUCGUCAUCAGCAAGACGACGAAAGGACGCCCGCUUCCUAUCGACGACGAGGACUCGCAGACGCAGCACCCGCGGAAGAGGAAGUUCCCUCGUUCUGCCGGGCAGCAGGUCCAGGUCCAGCUGGUGAACACAGCCAUGCAGCAGACCAGAGAGAUGAUCCAACAGACCUUGGCUGUCGUUGUUAACGCGAUUAAGCUGGAUGACAUCGAGCCGUAUCACAGCGACCGAUCCAACCCCUACUUUGAGUACCUGCAGAUCAGGAAGAAGAUCGAGGAGAAGAGGAAGAUUCUGUGCUACAUCACCCCGCAGGCCCCGCAGUGCUAUGCUGAAUAUGUGACCUACACCGGCUCCUACCUGCUGGAUGGCAAACCCCUGAGCAAGCUUCACAUACCUGUUAUCGCCCCUCCUCCAUCGCUCUCAGAGCCUCUGAAGGAGCUCUUCAGACAGCAGGAGGCAGUGAGAGGGAAGCUCAGGUUGCAGCACAGCAUAGAACGGGAAAAGCUGAUUGUUUCCUGCGAGCAGGAGGUUUUAAGGGUUCACUGCAGAGCAGCCAGGACCAUAGCCAAUCAGGCUGUGCCAUUCAGCGCCUGCACCAUGCUGCUGGACUCUGAAGUCUACAACAUGCCAUCAGAGAGCCAGGGUGAUGAGAACAAAUCUGUGAGAGAUCGCUUCAACGCCCGUCAGUUCAUUUCCUGGAUCCAGGAUGUGGACGACAAAUACGACCGCAUGAAGACAUGUCUGUUGAUGCGGCAGCAACAUGAGGCGGCCGCCCUUAACGCAGUGCAAAGGAUGGAGUGGCAGUUGAAGGUCCAAGAGCUGGACCCAGCGGGGCACAAGUCCCUCUGCGUCAACGAAGUGCCGUCCUUCUACGUACCAAUGGUCGAUGUCAACGACGACUUCGUCCUGCUGCCUGCAUGACACACCUGUGCUCACAGAGGGAGACAACACUUCAUCUGAAUCACUUCUUCUCAAAGAGACUUCGUCGAACAGAACGAAUGGAAAGGGCUAGCAAGUUUGAAAGAGGACUUUAGACAGAAAAAAUUAUAUUCUAUAGAAAAAGUAAAGAUGAAAAAACUUGCUCUGGAUUCCCUUCCGUGAAGAAGGAAACUUGUUUUUACUGGGGAAAAAGAAAAUACACAACUUGCACUUUCAUCCUCAAAGUUUUUACGCUUUUGUUCGAGCAGAGUUUGAGAAGCAGAAAAUGUUUUUGCUUUGAGGCUCUGACUAAACUCCUCAGUGCUCAGUUAGGGGACAGAGAUAUAUUUUCUGAGUUCGUUUUUUUGGUCCCCGCUUCAAAUAGACCCAUCUACACUGGGAGGAGGUCUCAGAGAAGAGCUAUCCCGUCAGCGUGGUGCCUGUCCUGAGGGAGGACUGAGGAGAAGCCUCCCCUGUUGACCCGAGGCUCAUGAUGGGCCGAGAGAACUAGUCCAGCGCUGACCCAGAGGAAGUCUGCGGAGUUGUGGUGCAACAUGUGGAUCUUCAACGUGUAUCUACAUCUGGGAACAGACAAGAAAGCCAGAACUAGCCCAUACUGGUUUUGGGCUGACGCGACCGACCGCCCUCUCUGUUCACGCUGCACACGGCCUCAUCAGUAGAGCAACAGAGCCUGAGGCGGGCGGGAACACAGCAGAGGGUCAGCGAUUGCGUGUGCACGUUCAGGGCCCAGUGUCUGAGAGGAAGAGACUGACCCUGCAGCCUCUCGACCUGGAUCAACAGAAGACAGCAGGCGUGGAUCUCUGAGGACAGACCGGAGUGCUCCUCAGCCGCCCUGCUGGUUCAACAAAAACACAUCAGACUGCCAUGGACUGCAAAAACACCACAGGAACAGCAGAAGAAACAAACAAAACGAAUGUUGAGAUUCAAAGAGACUAUUGAGAAAUCGUGGUUCAGCAGGAGGAGAGAAAUAUUGUUUUUGUCUAUUUCUUUACUUGGGCAUUUCAUUGUUUCUGAGGAAGUGACUUGAAACACUACAGAGCCAAUAUUAGUUUAAUGGAAAAAAACAAAAAGAAAACUGAAAAAAAGUUGUAUUCCGUAAAUUAUGUACAGUUUUUAUAUUCGUUAACCAAUGUAUUCUUGCUGCCUUCUAGAUAAUUUAUUUUGCCACACAUUACUGCACAGUUGUAAAUAACCUAUGUACUGUAAUAUCACUCAGUUAAGUGUAAAGAAAAACAUAAAAGAAAUAAAAAGUAUCUUUUUAUGUACAGUUCACUUUUGGGCAGCACUUUCCCCCCUCAUAUCCAUGGGCCAAAAUGUGUACAUGGUUCUGUCAGUAUCUGAAAGACUCCAGUGCACAGUUCUAUGAUCCCGUCUGUGGAUCCCGUCCAGGGUUAGAGAACUCCCCUGGACGCGGAUCACAGCUCACAAAUAGCUGACAGAGAUCACCUUCUGGAUUAAACCGGCCUCCCACGGGCCCAACACCACAUAGUCCCUCAGAUGUAGCAAAAUAGUUGUUGAGGAUUUAUUUAAAGAAUAGACAGAGGAUUAUUAUUCAUUGCUUUACACGAGUAUAUCUAAAAAAAUUCGAACCAAGAAAAUGCCUUUUUCAGUGAAAAAAAAAUGUACUCAUUGUUGGGCAAAGUCACACAGAUAUAUAUGGGUGGGAUGAAAGUUCGAUGUCAUUCACACACAAAACCUUCAUUUUCAUUUUGCUUUUGUUUCCGAUUUGUUUUUGAAUUUUCCAAAAUGAUUGGACUGAAAUCAUUUCUGAUCACCUCAAAGCGUCAUUGUCUAAAAACCAACCGGACACGGGUCUCCAGCACUUCAUCACUCGUUCUCUCAGCUUGUCUGCGUUUCUUUACAGACUGAAGAGUUGUCACAGCCACUCGAUAGUUUCAUUCCAUAACUUUGUUCAAUGUUGAAGAGCAGCUUGCUGUUUUCAGUUUUAGUCACCAGAUGGCGCCAGAGUGUCAAAAACCUCCAGAACCCUUAAUUGGCUUUGCUUAGACCUGUGGUCUCUCACUUGAACCGGUGUUUUUAAAUCUAUUUAAAUUUUAUUACAGUUUCUGGGGAGUCGUCUGAUUCCAGUUGAACACCUCGCUCGGUGAAGUCCGGUCCGGUUCAGACCUGACCUCGGCUCCACUCGUCCGUCUUUUAAUCUCGGGGGGGUUUGACUGGCGUUGUCAGGGAUUUUAAAUGUUAGCUUCCUCAUUUGCUCCGUUGUGUGGAGGCGGCUCUCUGCCACCUUCAUGUCCUUGUGUCGGGCCCAAGCAGACAGUCCAGAGACUUAAACCUUCUCAGAAUGAACCAAAAAGUUUGACAGGUGUAAACAAAACCAGAGGACUAGCUUCAUGCGGAUCACUUCUUUUAUCGUUAAUCAGACUCCCAUCUUAUCUUUCAUUUCUGACACGUUCUGGUUCUCUUUUUUUUUUUUAAAGUGGGUUUUGAAAAGCUUUCCCGACCUACCACAUGGGCUGCCUGUCUGUGUGUGAGAGCUGCUCAUGUAUCCUGAUGGCAAUAUUACCUGAAACCCUCUAAGUUAUUUACACACUGUCAGUCAGCAUAGCUGUGUAUGGUAUGUCUAGUCAAGUGCAAUGGUUGUUGCUAUUACACUGUGCAGACAAGGUGGCUAGAUGUAACGUUCUGGAUAUGUUUGAGAGAUAACACACAUCCUGGUUGGCAAACAAAAACACACACCCAGAAAUGAGUUGGUUUUUUUAAACCCCUGUUUGUUUGUUGUUUAUUUUGUUGUUGGUUGCUUACACCGUUGUUUGGGGGGGAGAGGUUUUAAGGGUGUUUUUGUUCACAGAAUCCUCGUGUGUUUUUUAGCUCCGUGUAUGUAGUUUUUGAAUGUUGUUGUGUUUAUCUUAGGGGUUUGUUUUGUUUCCUGUAUAGAGCAUAAACACCAGUGGCAUGUCAAUCACGUUGCUUAUCGAGCAGAAUGUAUACCGUUACUAUGCCCUGACCGACCACACCCUCUCACUAUUGUUUACAAAACAUCAACAAGUGUGUGUUUUUUCCGUUUCAUGUGUGUCACCCUUUUCUCGACGGUUUGAUCCCUGCCUUUGUUUUUACUUUUGUAAUUUUUUUGAACCACAAAGGCUUGAAAUGGUGAUGGUCGAACACAGCUGAACGCCCCCCCUCCCCUUCCCUCUCCCCGCCGCCCUCUCCAGACCGCGGUACACCGCUGCACAGAGCAAUACACAAACAAUCCACGUUGAGAACAUUAGAGACUAACAAAAGAGCGAUCUCUGGUUUUAAUUGAAGACAGACAAACACAUCGACCCUCAGAUGCACAGUAGAGCACUUGGCCGUGGUGAUACAGACUCUAGCCUGACGCCACCUCAGUCAGCAACAUAUUACCUCUACUCUCCUCACAUUCACUCAUAAUGUUGAUUCUAGAUUUGUUAUGUGUUGUUUUUUUUUUUCUUACUGGCUAUUUUUUCAUUCUGUAGAAUCACGAUUUCAAGCCUUUUUUCUAGUUUUGUUGUUUAUUUUUUAAUUCAAACCCAGACUGUAGCUAUUUCUUUGUUCCUUUUUUAGAGUGGGAAAUGACUAAUACAAAGCAUGGAGAACUACUCUUUAAAUGGUGAGAAAUAACCUAUUUAUUAUCUUUUUGUUUUUUUCUGACACCUGUGGUAUGUUUUUGAGUUGAAGUUGGUCUCCGCUGUGUAAAUUUUCCUCCUUGUAAUGCGUGAAAGAGACAUACUGUACAUAGCUCUGUAAAUAAAACCUCCCAGGACGUUUUGCACCCUCCUCUUUGUACUAGUCUGAAAAAUUGCGUAGAAUGUGGGGUUCUAACAGCAAACGAGCUGCGUGCGCUUGCUGCAGGUGAUUAUUAUGUAACAAUGUAACAUUUUUUUAUUUGUACAAUGUAGUUUAUUUGUGUACAUAUUGUUGGAGCAGCUACGAGGGGAGGGGAAGGGAGGGGAUAUAUGACGGGGGGACGGGGGGUCGUUGAUGCUAUUGUCAGUGCUGUAACAGAAAUCCAGUACUUUCACCUCUAGCUGUUGUUGAUUUCCUGCAAAAAAAGUGAAGAAAAAAAAGACAAAAAAAUCAAAAUGCGAGAAACUGAAAAUGAGGAUGGAUGGGAAAAAAAGACUAAAACUGAAAAGUAAAAAUUCUAAAUUGUUAUUUUCUACAGUUGCAUGUACAGAGAGCGCGAGAACUGCUGUUGUUCCUCAGAGAUUAUGUUCGUUAAUAAAAUUUUGAAAUAUUA